AUGAGUGACUCAUUUAUUGAAGCAUUAAAUGAAACUUCAUCUGAAGGCUUUGUUAGUAGUCUAACCAACGACAAAAAUACUACAAUACCUGGUGAUAAUGUUUCAAGUGAACACACAAAUGAACCACCAUCUCAAGAAAUAGCAAAACAAAAAAGAACAGAAGAAGCAAAAAAACCAAAAAGAAUAAAAGAAGCAAAAAAACCAAAAGGAAUAGAAGAGGCUGAGCUCUAUACACUUCUCCCAUCAGGGAGUUUGUUAAAGCACAGUGAUUUUGGAUUCUAUGAAGUUAAUGAUCAUAGAAUUCUCAAACCUGAUACCCUUGUGAAGAUUGAGUCUGAACAGAGGCUUGGCAUACUAAUAAACCAAUUUAAUUGGUUUAUAAGCCCAAAAAGAAGUUUUGAUAAAAAAGAAAGCAAUAAAUAA